AGAAUGUCGUAUCUUACCCAAGAUUAUUCCCUCUUUGUGUUUACUAUAUUCCUUUUCUUUUGGGCUGCAAAACAAUAGAAACGCCGAGUACAUUUUCCUCGGAUUUUCAUGAUAAUUCGCCCAUGGGGAAAUGUUCCCCGCGAGAGAAACGCGGAUACUUGCAUGCGAGAGAGACAGAGGGAGGGAAAGAGAGGACGCGUCAGGGAGGGAGAGGACGUUUAAAUACGAGCAGAAGCGCGCGCGCUACUUCAGUCCGACGCUAACAGUCCAAACCGAUUGAUAUUCGGAUCUCGGAGGAAACAGCCAUCUUCUCUUCGUAAUCUCUUUUCUUCUCUUCGAUUUUCGUCGAAAAAAAAAAAGAAUCGAACAGAUAAGUCGUGAGAAGAACGAGGAAACCCGGACACGAAGAGUUUCCGGUUGACACCCCGGAAACGACCGCGGGUCUUCGGGCUGAAGUAAAAGCCGGAACGGAAGAAAGGGACAAAACAGAAGUGUGUGGUUAUGUGCUAGUGAGAGAGUCUGGAAAAAAGAUCUGGAAAAAAAACCUCAGAGUAAGGCACAGAGAACACCGAUCUAAUCGCGAUGACCAACAGCAUGAAGCAAACGGUUAUCAAAAACCCAACAUGGUGGAAGAGGCGGUCCGGUUUGGAACGCGGGCUAACGGUGAUAGCGGUUUCCGGAUUCCUCUUGUGCGUCGCUUUGGCGGUCGCCCUCGGAAUUUUGGCGGCCAACACGACAUGCAACAUCACGUCCAAUAACAUGACCAAUAUUGUUAACGCAGAGAUGCUACCAUCCACAGCUGAAGCGUUAAGUGGUUCGGGAAAACCGAAUGUCAACACGAUACCAAAGGAGACGAAAUGCGACAAUAUAUGUUUGACACCUGGAUGCGUUUACACAGCCUCGAAGAUACUAAAAAACAUGGAUCCCAAUGUGGAGCCUUGUGAUGAUUUUUACAAAUUCGCUUGCGGCGGUUUCCUUGAAUCUACGAUUAUUCCUGACGACAAAACUACCGUAAACACAUUCUCUGUCAUCGUUGAUGAUCUUGAGGAACAAUUGCGAGCCAGUAUUGAACAAGAAAGCCCUCCAAAGGAACCGAGACCAUUUAGACUUGCCAAAGACUUUUACAAGGCCUGCAUGAAUAAAACCGCUAUUGAGGAGAAAGGUUUGACACCAUUGUUAAACAAUCUGAGAAAACUCGGUGGUUGGCCCGUUCUGGACGGCGAAAAAUGGAACGACGGCGACUUCACUUGGAGAGAUUCCGUCUACAGAUUCCGCAGGCUUGGCUAUUCUGUUGAUUACUUCAUCGAUUUCGGCGUCAGUAUCGACCUGAAGAACAACUCGAGACGCUUGAUUGACCUCGAUCAAGCAGCGCUCGGUCUCUCGCGCGAAUAUCUGUCGAAAGGCUUCAAUGAGAAAAUCGUUCAGGCAUAUUACAAGUACAUGGUGGACAUCGCUGUAAUUCUCGGAGCCAACCCGGAUCGAGCCCGCAAGGAAUUGAAGGAAUCGCUUGAAUUUGAAAUCAAGCUCGCAAACAUUUCUUUGCCCAACGAGAAACGACGCAACGUGACUCUCCUCUACAAUCCCAUGACCGUGGACGAACUGUCCGCGGCCUAUCCUAGCAUACCAUGGAGGGAAUAUUUCAACACCAUCCUCGCACCGCACGCGCAACUAAAUCCAGACGAAAUAGUUGUUGUGAACGUGCCGAGCUAUCUAAAGGACUUUGAACGGCUGAUCAGCAUGACACCGAAGAGAGUGCAGGCAAACUAUGCGCUCUGGAGAGCGGCUGCUGCGUCGAUCAGCUACUUGACAGAUGACAUCCGGAAGAGACAGCUGAAGUACACAGUGGAGUUAAACGGUAAGACAGAGAGAGAGCCGAGAUGGAAAGAAUGCGUGGAUGUCGUCUCUGGCAGCCUGGCGAUUAGCGUCGGUUCGAUGUACGUGAGGAAAUAUUUCAAAGAGGACGCGAAAAAUGCCGCGCUCGAAAUGGUCGGCGACAUCAAGGAGGAAUUCAUGAAGAUUUUACGAAAGGUGGAUUGGAUGGAUGAGAAGACUAGAAAGAACGCUUUAGAAAAAGCACUUGACAUGACAUCACAUAUUGCUUAUCCAGAUGAAUUGCUAGAUAAUAGAAAGCUCGAUGAAUUUUAUGAAGGACUUGAAUUGAAUUCUGAUGAUUAUUUAGGAAGCAUUUUGAAUUUGACUAUUUUUGGAACAAAUUUCUCAUUCGGUAGAUUGAGAAAACCAGUGAAUAAAACAGAAUGGAUAACUCAUGGAAGGCCAGCAGUUGUUAAUGCAUUUUAUUCAUCAAUCGAGAACAGUAUUCAAUUUCCGGCAGGUAUUUUGCAAGGUGCAUUCUUCAGCAAUGAUCGACCACGUUACAUGAACUACGGCGCCAUCGGUUUUGUCAUUGGCCAUGAGAUUACCCACGGCUUCGACGAUCAAGGCAGACAAUUCAAUAAGGAAGGUAAUCUCGUGGAUUGGUGGGAGGCAGAGACGAAGGAGCUUUAUCUUAAGAGAGCCGAAUGCAUAAUUCAUCAGUAUGGAAAUUAUACCGUGAAAGACGUUGGAAUGAACUUGAAUGGAAUAAACACUCAGGGUGAAAACAUUGCGGACAAUGGCGGUAUAAAGGAAGCUUAUUACGCGUACAAAGAAUGGACCAAGCGAAAUAAACCGGAGCAGAGAUUACCAGGUCUGCCAUACAGCCCAGAACAGAUGUUCUGGAUAAGCGCGGCCAAUACUUGGUGUAGCAAGUAUCGACCGGAAACGAUGAAGCUGCGAAUUACGACGGGCUUCCACAGCCCGGGUGAAUUCCGCGUUCGAGGACCGCUGUCGAAUAUGGAGGAAUUCUCGCGCGACUUCAAUUGCCCGGUCGGCUCCAGUAUGAACCCCGAGAAGAAAUGUGCCGUGUGGUAGAUUUCAGGUGUCGGCGAAGUACAUGCGAAACGGCACCGACUGACUCCGUUUUUAACCUUAGAAUCUGAUGAUUUCGCGCGCUUGUUGCUUUGUUGAAAUAACCAUCGUUAUUCGUAGCGAUUCAGCACUAGAGAGACUUACGUCUGAAUGCACGACAUUCCUACUCCUCCUGAGCGACAAAAUACAGCAUUUUGGUUCUUAGACGUUAAACCGUUUUAUCAUAUCGUUAAUAAAAUUAAAUGAUUGUCUGUUUUUAUUUCUAUGAUUUUACGAAUCUAUAUUUAUGAUUGAGGCUUCUAAGGUUAACGAAUGAAAUGGAGUCGUCGAUCUCAUAUCUGCAGGAUUUGGGGAUAGCUUAUUCCCUUCUUACAAUAUCCUGCCAUACGACAUUGUUGCAGCGAAGAAUAGCUUAUCAGUGAAUUUGCUUAUAUGAAAGCAAGGACUGAAAUUUCACGAUAGUAGUACGGAGCAUGCAAAAGUCUCGAGAAGUAUUCUCCAGAGGGGAAUUCACGAAAAUCGAUCCGAUCUUAGGCACGUGAAAUAGACACACGCACACACACGCACGCCCACACACACGCACGCCCACACACACGCACGCCCACACACACACACACACACACACACACACACACACGCACGCACACACAUACAUUCACACAUUACGUAUCGUUUUUGGUAAACAAUUUUUAUAAGAAGAAAUAUGUUACGGAACGCGCAUAUGUGUAAAUAGAAAAAAAUAAUGACGGAUUUGAAAGUUAAUUAGUUUCUACUUAUACAGAGUUUCAUCGCUUAACUGUCUUUGAUGUAUAAGGCAUUAGUGAUUCCUGUGCCAAUGACAAUGUUUGUCAAAGGUUUUAGAAUAUUAUGACAAAAUUAAACUAAAUUGUCUAAUGUGCUCUGAUAGUAGUUUCUAGUUUAAGAAUUUUUAUGGUUGGACAUAUCGAAAAGUACUGUUGGCAGCUUUGUUAAGAAUUCACCUUUUAUCCUAUUUUAUUGUUGAUAGCUUUGUUAAAUCUUACUUCUUAAGGCUCGGUUAUCUCUCUGCAGCCAUAUUGAAUUAUAACUUCGAAAAGCGAGAAAUGACAUGUAAAAUUCGUUUCAUACGUAUAAUUUUAUCUUGUGUACCAUUAUUAGUGUACAUUAUUAUUUCAAGAAUUAUUUUAUACCAUUAUCAGUGUACAUCAUUGUUUCAAGAAUUAUUUUACAUCUUUACGUGAUUUAUUGGACAGAUAUCUAACUUUCUGAUAUUUUUUACAAUUUUUUAAGAAUACAAAAAUAUCAUGUUUUUACGAGAAAAAUGCAAGCUAAAGCUAUACAAGGCAAAGAACUUUUUACAUGUCAUUUCUUGCCUCUGACGUCACACAACCCAUGUCGCGCCGUGAGAGAACCGAGCCUUAAGAUACAUUUUAAAAUAUUUUAUUGAAUUGAUAAUCAGCAGCAAGAGAAAAAAGAUGCGAACGGUGCGGCAUUAUUCUUCGAUAAAUUUGAUAGAUUUUUUUUUUAAUGUGUGAAAAUGUUAUAAUUAUUUUAUGUUGAGUAUUACUUAGUAGUAUUAUCGAGAAUAACGAUUAAAUACCGCAAAUUGAAUUUUUACUAAAACGAAAUUCACUUAAUGUAAUAAUUAAACUGAAACAGUCAAGUUGUGUGUUCUCAGUCAAGUUCUCCAUUUUCUUCCUUAAAAUUUAAUUCACAUCGUGACGUAGCACUAAAAAGACUCGCAAUUAUUAAAAAAAUAUCGCCGAAUAUCGAUCUCCAAUGUUUUAUGAAUUACAAUUUUACAUAUAAUCGUAUAUUAUCAGCGUAUUCACGAAUUCCAAUAAUUUAAUGCGUUUUCACUUCUCAAUCGAUAGUUCUCGAAUAAGAUCGUUAGAAUUACGAUGUUAGAACAACUUAUUAAAACUGUCUUAAUUAAUCGUAGCUAUUAACUGCGAGCAAUUAAACCGUGAUUGCUUCCCAACAUGUCACUUUUUGCAUCCGCAUGCGUUACAUUUUUACUUUGCGUUUACAUCUCGCGCUCUUUUCUGGCUCUCCCCGCCUUGAACGCAUUUCUCAUAUUUGUUACAUAAGUCAUCGAGUUAAUUGUCGUAGAUUUAAGCAAAAUGGAUAUAUGUAUCUUACAUAGUAUUUUUGUUGAAUGUAAAAGUUUAAUACAGGAAAACCUGAUGUAAAUAUCG